UAGUUGUCAUUAAAAAAACAUAUGUAAAACUUAUUUUUGCUAUAUAUAGUUGGGAGGUUCUCACAUAUAUAAUUGUAGCCUUAGUUGAGUUGUGUAACAAAAAUGAAAAUCCAAAUCUUAUGCACAAAGCUCAUAAAGCCAUGUUUACCUACACCUCCUCACCUUCAGCAUUACAAGCUCUCUUUCUUCGAUCAAAUAUCUGAGAGAGAACAUGUAUCUAUUGUUUAUUUCUUUCGUAAUUCUAAUAAUUCCAACAUCGAUGAACGACUUGAGCAAUCCCUUUCUAAGGUAUUAACUCAUAUUUAUCCAGCUGCAGGAAGGUACAAUGACAAAGAUGAAUAUUGUUCGAUUUUGUGUCUUGAUCAAGGUGUUUCCUACACUAAGGCCAAGGUCAGUUGUAUGCUUGAUAAUUUCUUCGAAAAAGCACGUAACGACUUAGGUCUUGCAGCUUUAUUUAGGCCACAUGUAAACAAGAAUAUAAAUGAAACUAAUUUCAUGGUUUCACCAAUUGUUACUAUACAAGUAACCAAAUUUGAAUGUGGUGGCCUAGCUAUAUCAAUCAGUACUUCACACCCUGCAAUGGAUGGUUUCUCAGAUUUUCAAUUUGUUUUUGAGUGGGCAAAAGUGUGUAGAAUGGGGACUCCGAUCGAGGAGAUUAAUUUUCUAAGCUUCGAUAUGGGUAAUAUUUUUCAGACAAGAGAUAUAUCAGGAAUUUUCAAGUCGACUCAAGUACCAACUAUACAACAAGAUAUUGUUUCUAAGAGGUUCAUCAUUCAUGAGGCUAAUAUGUCAAGGCUCAGAAAAAAAUGCAUUGAUGAAUCAGGUGGAGCGUUGACUUUUCAACCUUCAAGGGUUGAGGUUAUUACAGCACUCCUAUGGAGGGCUUUAAUCCGCGCUACAGCAAACAUAAACGGGUAUUUCAAGCCUUCUCUACUAGACUUUCCAAUGAAUAUGCGUUCCAAAAUUACAUUUUUACCUCAGGUGAAAAAUCCUAUGGGGAAUUUUAUGAUUGGUGUUCCAGUAAAAUUCAUACCAGGAGAGACCAAAAUGGAAUUGCAUCAUUUCAUAAUAUUAAUCAGAAAUGCAGUGAAUAAAGUUAUUGCUUCAUGUAUGAAAGCAAAUUCACCAGAUGACAUAGUGUCAACAUUGGUUAAUUCAUAUAAUGAAAGUUUUCGAUCACCAAAGUGGGGAGGUAAUGAAGAAGUUGACAAAGUCAUGUGUACAAGUGUGUGCAGGUUCCCUGUGCACGAUUCUGAUUUUGGUUUGGGUAAACCAAACUUAAUAUUUUUUGGUAUGAAAGAUACACAAAUGUUUUGGUUGUAUGAUUUUGGACUUGAAAUUUGUGUGCAAAUGGACUUGAAGGAAAAAUGUGUGCCGUUAUUUGACCGCGAUGAUGAUAUUAAAGAUCUCACAUUUAUAUGUGAUGCAAAACUUUAAUUUCAUUAUGUUAUUGGUACUUGUUUUGUUUGUACUUUUUUAGUUAAGGAUUGUUUGGCACAUGCAUAUGAAAUUAUGAUUUGAAAUUGUUA